AUGCGUGUUCAGCCUUUCGUCUCAUCCGCCCUUCUCCUCCUCUCCGUAUCUACAGCUAUAGCCGGCCCCGUAUCGAACCCAGAUGCGAAGAAGAAGUCGCCUUCCAAACAUAGUCCAGAGUCAGACUCUACCAAGACCGUUGCAGAGGCUCUCGCUACAGACAACCCCCAAACAUGGGACUUUAGCGGUCCCUUUGACGGAAAGGAUGGGAAACCCCAUGCCGGACCGUUUGUAGAAACAAACGCAGAGCGGGACCGUAAGAAGUCCCAGAAUGGGUCCAAGAUGAAAGACGAGGAGGACGAUACUUUCUCUGAAAACACCGAACAUAUCGCCCCAGACGGGACCAAGAUCCCUCACUCGAAUGAUGGAGUUAUGGACGAUAAGAACCGUUCGGGCCCCAAGGAAGGGACAACAGGGACAGAGGGUGGAGUGUCGGAGAAAUCUAAAGGAAAGGACACCAGCGGAGACAGGAAACCAGAUCCUCCAAAGGAGGCCCCUCCACUACCUCACAGUGAACAGAAGAAGAUCCCCGGACAGGACGACCAGACAGAGAAUUACGAGGAUGAGAAGAAGGGGUCUAAGGUAUUGGAGAAACCAGACGAUCUUCCAGAGUCUCCUCACUCUAUCUCCUCAGGGAAAUCCGACAAGCCUCUUGGCCCUGGUAUUUCCACGAAACCGGGCUCAUCUCAGUCGCCUGGUACAAAGACACCGACUGGGGCUCACAACAAUGAAUUCAUCCACCCCUCUGAUUCGUUUUUCCUAUCCCUGACGAUGAUUAUCUUCUCUGAGAUCGGUGAUAAGACCUUCCUGGUUGCUGCGCUUAUGGCUAUGCGCCAUCCUCGGAUGCUCGUCUUCUCCGCCGCAUUUAGCGCACUUGCUGUCAUGACCGUUCUUUCUGCUAUUCUUGGUCAUGCCGUUCCUACCAUACUCCCCGCACAUUUUACCAGCGCCCUCGCAUCUGUACUAUUCUUCGUCUUUGGCUGCAAAAUGAUGUUAGAGGCGCGCAACAUGGCCCCGGACGAGAACGUGAGCCAGGAGAUGAAAGAGGUCGAAAUGGAGCUGGAGGAGAAGGAACAUGAACAGCGCCGUAUGGGCCGCAACCGCUCCGGCAUCAGUGCGUAUGCGCUAGAGUCGGGACAUGGUGGACUUCCUCGAAAGAGCAGAUCCUCAAACCACAUCCUUCCCUCUCCGGAGAGCCUGUCCUCUUCUUCGUCAAGGGACAACUCUCCGUCUCGCUCUAACACCCUCGCAAAUGUCACAUCCGGCGUUAGCAACCUGUUCUCCUUCCUACUGAGCCCCGCUUGGGUGCAGACCUUUGUAAUGACAUUCCUCGGGGAAUGGGGUGACCGAAGCCAAAUAGCCACCAUCGCCAUGGCUGCUGGUGCUGAUUAUUGGUGGGUUACCUGUGGUGCAGUAAUCGGACACGGGUUAUGCACCGCUGGCGCCGUUAUAGGCGGACGAGCCAUCGCUGGCAAAGUCAGCAUCCGAGUUGUUACCUUUGGUGGCGCCGUUACCUUCCUCAUCUUCGGUCUUCUUUACCUUUUCGAAUCUAUAUACUAA